UUCCUAACGGCACAUUGUUGUCGUUGCUACAGCUGCCUGCCCCCUGCGUGGAACGUUGGCCACCACGCUUCGGCGCAAGCUUAUAGAGAUGGCCGCCACCACGGUGGCUCUCUCCGCCCAGACGGUAGUGGCUGGAAGCAGCAGGAGUGUCUCUAGCCUGGCCCGGCGGGGCCCCCUGUUCCGCCCCCUGGCGGCUCUAGCUAGUGGCCCACAGGGCGGCUCCACCCAGGGCGCGCUUCGCCAGGCCCUGGGCCUGCGCACCGACGCCCGGCGCCAGGCGCGCGUGGCCGUGGCCACCGUGGAGCCCGACCUGGAGGAGGAGCAGCCCGCGGCGGUGCUGGGCCGCGUGCCGCUGGCGGCGGUGGCCGCCAACCUGGAGGCGGUGUUGCCCCAGGCCGACGGCUCGCUGCUGGGCGAGUCCGACAUUGAGGAGGAGCUGCUGGGCGACGCCCCCGAGGGCUUCAGCCGCUCCCCGCGCAGCUUCGCCAGCCUGUUCACUGACGAUGAGGCGGAGGAGGCGGCCGUGGUGGACCCCUCUCUGCUCCUCGUCAACUGCGGCCUGUCCGAGGGCUCGGUGCGCGCGCUGGAGGAGCGCGGCAUCACCUCCCUCUUCCCCAUCCAGAAGACGGUGUUCGAGCCGGCCAUGCGCGGCGCAGACCUCAUCGCCCGCGCCAAGACUGGCAGCGGCAAGACCCUGGCCUUUGCCAUCCCUAUCAUCGAGAAGAUCAUGGCGGGGCCCCGCAACCUGCGCAAGCCGCAGUGCCUGGUGCUGGCGCCCACGCGCGAGCUGGCCAAGCAGGUGGAGCGCGAGAUUGCCGCCACCGCACCCGGCCUGGGCUGCGGCUGCUACUAUGGCGGCAACCCCAUCGGGCCCCAGCUCAAGGAGCUGCGCCGCGGCGUGGACAUUGUGGUGGGCACCCCCGGGCGCAUCAUCGACCUGAUUGACCAGGAUGCGCUGGACCUGUCCAUGGUUCGCUUUGUGGUGCUGGAUGAGGCCGACCAGAUGCUCAACGUGGGCUUUGAGAAGGACGUGGAGACGAUCCUGGAGAAUGUGCCGCAGGAGCGGCAGACCAUGCUGUUCAGCGCCACGCUGCCCAGAUGGGUGAAGAAGCUGGUGAAGCAGUACCUGAACAACCCCGAGAACAUCGAUCUGGUGGGGGAGGGCAACACGGGCCAAGAUCCAGACUCCAUCACCGCGCUGGCGGUGCCGGCCGACGCGCGGCGCUCUGUGCUGGUCGACCUGCUGACCGUGUACGGCGAGGGCGGCAAGGCCAUCGUGUUCACCCAGACCAAGCGCGAGGCGGAUGAGGUGGCGGCCAGCGUGGGCGGGCACCUGCCCUGCGGCGCGCUGCACGGCGACAUGAGCCAGCGGGAGCGCGAGAAGGUGCUGGCCUCGUUCCGCGCCAACAAGCUGAUGGUGCUGGUGGCCACCGAUGUGGCGGCCCGCGGCCUGGACAUCCCCGACGUCGAUGUGGUGGUGCACUAUGAGCUGCCCCAGGACCCAGAGUCCUUCCUGCACCGCUCUGGCCGCACCGGCCGCGCCGGCAAGUCUGGCACCGCCAUCGCCAUGUUCCAGCCCAAGGAGAUUGGCUACUUCAAACGCAUCCUGCGCGAGACGGAGGUGCAGGGGGUGAAGCUCAUCACCGCGCCCUCCCCCACCCAGGUCAUCGAGGCCGCGGCCAAGCAGGUGAUGUACCGCCUGGACGGCGUGGACGCCGAGGUGCGCAAGUACUUCACCCCCGUGGCCAAGAUGCUGCUGUCGUCGCGCGACCCCCAGGAGGCGCUCGAGGCAGCGCUGGCGGCGCUGAGCGGCAUCCAGGAGGUGCCCGAGCCGCGCAGCCUGCUGACCAUGGAGGAGGGCAUCCAGACGCUGCAGAUGAUGAGCAAGCCGGGGCGCAUCACGCGCCCCGCGCACGUCAGUGGCAUUGUGGGCAAGCUGCUUGAGGGCACCGCCUUCAACGCGGGCGCCGUGGGCCGCAUCCGCAUGCUGGAGGAGGAGGGGCAGUGCGGCGCCGCCUUUGAUGUGCCCAUGGAUCUGGGCCGGGAGAUCAUGGCGCGUGUGGAUGAGCUGCACAAGCGCGGCGUGUCGCUGACCGUGCCCGAGAGCCUGCCGGCUGAGGAGGACCUGUACCAGAUGGGGCGCUAUGGCAGCCGCGG